AUGAGGAUUACUGAAAUUGUCAUAGAUGGCUUCAAAUCGUACGCUGUGCGUACGGUGAUCUCGGGAUGGGACGAAUCAUUCAACUCGAUCACCGGUUUGAACGGUAGUGGUAAAUCAAACAUCCUCGAUGCCAUUUGUUUCGUCCUUGGUAUCACCAACAUGACCACCGUCCGCGCGCAGAACCUUCAAGAUCUUAUCUAUAAGCGCGGACAGGCAGGUGUCACCAAAGCCAGCGUUACAAUCGUCUUCGACAACACAGAUACAGCAAAGUCGCCGAUCGGAUUCGAAGAAUAUGCCAACAUCUCAGUCACCAGGCAGAUUGUGCUGGGCGGAACGAGCAAAUACCUGAUAAACGGACACCGCGCGCAGCAACAAACCGUCCAGAACCUUUUCCAGAGUGUGCAGCUGAACAUCAACAACCCCAACUUCCUGAUCAUGCAGGGUCGAAUCACGAAAGUCCUCAACAUGAAGUCGGUUGAAAUUCUCUCGAUGAUUGAGGAGGCUGCAGGAACACGGAUGUUCGAGGAUCGGAGGGAAAAGGCGAACCGCACAAUGGGAAAGAAAGAGCUCAAGCUGCGCGAGAUCGAAGAGUUGCUGAAGGAGGAGAUCGAGCCCAAGCUCGAGAAGCUUCGGUCCGAAAAGCGCGCCUUCCUCGACUUCCAACAAACGCAGAACGAUCUCGAGCGCAUGACCAGACUUGUCGUUGCGCAUGAUUACAUUCGCGGUGGCGAGCGGUUGCGGGUUGCGGGAAACGAAUGUGAAAGCAAACGGAACAAGGCGCAAGCACUUGAGGACAAUGCACACAAACUCAAGAGUGAAAUCGCCCACCUGGAGGAAGACGUCAAGCGCGUUCGCACAGCCCGCGACAAGGAGCUUCGAAAGGGCGGCAAAUUCCAAGGGCUGGAGGAUGAAGUCAAGAACUACUCGCACGAACUGGUCCGCUUGGCUACCGUCUUUGAUCUCAAAAAUGCCAGCAUGGAAGAAGAGAAGGAAAAGCGCCAGACGAUCCAACAUACAGUCGCUGAUCUUGAAAAGGCCUUGAAGGAGAAGCGCAAGAUUUACGAGGAAAUCCAGGCUCAAUACGACACUGCCAAAGCCGAGUUGGACGCACAAACGGUGGAGGUAGAACAGAAAGAGGAACUGCUGCAGACAUUACAGACUGGUGUUGCUUCAAAAGAAGGCCAAGAGAGUGGUUACCAGGGUCAACUGCAAGAUGCCCGCAACCGCGCGAGCAAUGCUGCCACAGAGCAAGAGCAGGGCAAGCUCAAGAUCAACCACUUGGAAAAGCGAAUUAAAGAAGAGGAGCCUCGGGCAAAGAAGGCCAAGGAGCAGAACUCGGGUCUUCUUAGUGAUCUCGAAGGGCUUAAGUCGCAGGCUAGCAAGCUGGAAUCGGAAUUGAACCGGCUUGGAUUCGAGCCUGGAAAAGAGGAGCAAAUCUACCAAGAGCAGACAGGACUCCAAAGAGACAUUCGCGAUCUCCGCCAACGGGCUGACGGCCUCAGGAGGCAAGCGGCGAAUAUCGAUUUCAAUUACGCUGAUCCCCAUCCCAACUUCGAUCGCUCCAAGGUCAAAGGAUUGGUUGCUCAGCUUUUCACUCUGAACAAAGAUCAAGUGGCAGCGGCAACAGCUCUCGAGAUCUGCGCAGGUGGUCGCCUCUACAACGUGGUCGUGGACAGCGCGGAGACCGGUACUCAGCUUCUGCAAAAAGGAAAGCUGCGUAAGCGCGUGACUAUCAUCCCACUGAACAAAAUCUCGGCAUUCAAGGCCUCCGUUGAAAAGAUCGGGGCGGCACAAAACAUUGCACCAGGAAAGGUCGACCUUGCUUUGUCCCUGGUAGGACACGACGAGGAAGUCCUCGCGGCUAUGAACUACGUCUUUGGCAACACGCUGAUUUGUCAUGACGCCGAAACCGCGAAACGAGUGACAUUCGACCCAUCGGUUCGGAUGAAGAGCGUUACACUCGAAGGAGAUGUCUACGAUCCCUCCGGAACCCUCUCUGGUGGAAGUUCUCCCAACUCCAGCGGUGUCCUGGUCACUUUGCAGAAGCUCAAUGAGAUUACCAAGGAGCUACGGAGCAAGGAGCGCCAACUUGCAACGCUAGAGGAUAAUAUGAAUAAGGAGAAGAAGAAGCUCGAUGCAGUCCGCUCGGUGAAGCAGAAUUUGGAUCUCAAGACCCACGAGAUUAAGCUUACUGAGGAGCAAAUCAACAGCAACUCAUCGUCAUCGAUUAUCCAAGCAGUCGAAGAAAUGAGGGCAAAUAUUGAGCAGCUCAAGAAAGACAUUGCUGAUGCGAAGGCUCGGCAAGCGGCAGCAUCCAAGGAUAUCAAACAGAUUGAAAAGGAUAUGAGCGAAUUUACCGACAACAAGGAUAGCAAGUUGGCGGAAUUACAGGCUUCUUUGGACAAAUUGAAGAAGAGCCUUGCCAAGACCUCAAGCUCCGUUAAAGAGCUGCAGAAGGAAACGCAAACAUCCAGACUUGACUCGGAACAAGCUGGAAGCGAUUUAUCCGCUGCCGAGGAGCAGCUGGUCGAAGCAGACAACACCCUUAGCUCCCAGGCAGAGGAAAUUGAAUCGCAAAAGCGUGAGCAGACGCGACUGAAGGAUGCUCAUGACGUCGCACAAGCUCAACUCAAUGACGAGAGAGCCAAGUUGACCGGCUUUGAUGAGGAACUACGUGAAUUGGAGUCGGCCAUGAAGAGUAAAUCUUCUCAAAUUACCGAAGAAGGUCUUGAGGCGCAGAAGCUCGGCCACCAGCUCGAGAAGCUUCAAAAGGACCAACAUACCGCUAGCCAAGCCGUAGCUCAUAUGGAGCAAGAACAUGAGUGGAUCGCCGACGAGAAGGAACACUUUGGGCGCCCGAACACGCCCUACCAUUUCGAGGGCCAGAACAUCGCCGAAUGCAAAUCGACCCUUCGGAACCUGACGGAGCGAUCACAAGGCAUGAAGAAGAAGAUCAACCCCAAGGUCAUGAACAUGAUCGACAGCGUUGAGAAGAAGGAGGCCGCUCUGAAGAACAUGAUGAAGACAGUGAUCCGCGAUAAGCGAAAGAUCGAAGAGACUAUCAUGAACCUUAACGAGUACAAGAAGGAGGCCCUUCACAAGACCUGGGUCAAGGUCAACGGCGAUUUUGGACAGAUCUUCAACGAGCUCCUACCGGGCAGCUUUGCCAAACUUGAUCCGCCCGAGGGCAAAGACAUCACCGAUGGCCUGGAGGUCAAGGUUUCCCUCGGCAAGGUCUGGAAGCAGAGUUUGACCGAACUCAGUGGUGGUCAACGUUCUCUCAUUGCCCUCUCUUUGAUCAUGGCACUUCUGCAAUUCAAGCCCGCCCCAAUGUACAUUCUCGACGAAGUCGAUGCCGCCUUGGAUCUGUCACACACGCAGAACAUUGGUCGAUUGAUCAAGACCCGCUUUAAGGGAUCUCAGUUCAUCGUUGUCUCGCUCAAGGACGGCAUGUUCCAAAAUGCCAACCGCAUUUUCCGAACGAGGUUCAGCGAGGGUACAAGUAUUGUUCAGGCUUUGACCCCUGCAGAUAUGAAAUGA